AUGGCGACCAGUGUGAGGGGUUUCAAGCUUUGCAGAGGUUGCUAUUCCAUUUUUCGCAAACGUCUGACAUUGGAUUCGUGUCAGAGCUAUCACUCUGUAUCAAAAACAGUUCUUCUACGUUCACGAUUACCCACAGUUUCUCUGACAAAUAUAAGGUGUUGCAACAAUGAAGAUGUGAAAGAAAAACCUUGGAGACCUGUUGCUCAAACUACUAUUGAUGAGGAGGAGCGAGAGAAAUUCCAGAUGCUGUCAAGCCUGUGGUGGAAUGAAUUAGGUGAAUUCCAGGCUCUGCAUACAAUGAAUGAGUUGAGAGUGCCAAUGAUUAGAGAUGCACUUACAGGUGAAACAUUUACACCCACAGCCUCACCCCUGAAGGGCAUGCAGAUAUUAGAUGUUGGAUGUGGCGGGGGCCUGUUAGCAGAGCCUCUUGCUAGACUAGGUGCCCAGGUGAUAGGAGUGGACAUGGUUGAGGACAAUAUUAAGACUGCACAGUCACAUUUGGUAGAUGACCCAUCAAUCAGGGGGCGUGUCAAAUAUAUACAGGCUGCAGUCGAGGAUCUUGUUGGGUCAGAGGAACGCAAGUUUGAUGCGGUAGUAGCUUCUGAAGUUGUGGAGCAUGUUGCAGAUCUUGAAUCAUUUUUGUCUUCAUGCUGUUCACUGUUAAAGCCUGGUGGAUCCCUUUUCAUCACCACAAUUAACAAGACACAGCUGUCUCGUGGACUGGCUGUGUUUGCAGCAGAAAAGCUGCUACGAUUGGUGCCAGAUGGAACACAUGACUGGGAGAAGUUUGUACCCCCUGAUGAUCUGCAAUACCUACUAGAAACAAAUGGCCUGACAACACGACUGGUCCAUGGACUCCUGUACAACCCACUUACAUGUAGGUGGAGCUGGGUGAAGGACACCAGUAUGAACUAUGCAUUGCAUGCUGUAAAGGGAGAUAACUCAUUCGAUUCCUCCAGUCAAAUUGAUGAGGAUGAUAUACAGGAGGGAUCAAAAGACGAUAAGAGCUCAUCUUCCUAAAAAUAACUUGAUUUUGAGCUAAUAUGAAUUUGGAUUUUCAACAAUAUCAUGAUAACUUCAACUGGGAUGUUUAGUUCUGUGUUUUGAGCAAAAGACAUCUUGUAGUUCUCAAAUGUAGAAUGGUCCUAUAUUAUCAGCUCUCUAAACCUGGUUGACAACGGAUGGUAUUUACAAUAGUAGACCAGAAAGUGAUAAAGGACUUAUAAGUAUUUGUUGAGAUACGGUACACAUUGAUUUUGAACUCCAAUUGAACAGUGAACUGUGCUUUUGCUUGAAUGCACAAACCUAUUUGAAUACACAUAAAUUCCCAAUGUUUUUGCUUGGAUACAUACAUGAUUGUUAAAUCAUGAUUUCCUCUGAAAGAUACAUAUUCUUUUAAAUACUGUAAUAGUUUUACAUUUUGUUGAUAGAAAUGCUGUAUAAUUCCAAGUAAAGUUCUAAAGAUAUCUAA